AUGCGUCAUUUUGGUUGGGAUAUUGUCAUUGGACUACGGUACGAAUGGGUCAACACUCCGUAUAACGGACGCAGCAAGUGGAACGAAAGAGCACCAGGGUGCAUGAUGUGGCACGUCUACGUGAGAGCAAGACACGCCAAGCGGGUGGACCGGGCAUUACGCCUGUGGCUUCACCCCUCAACUCCAAAGAAAGAUUUUCCGUGGUGCGCUGUCACCCACUACAUCAGCGAUUGGAAGGCAGCUCAAAAUGGGAUAGUCAGUGUCAAGGCCGUUGGUCCAGUGAAGGAUGAGAACCUGACCAUGAUUUCGAAGCACAACGAUUUUGUUGAACUUACUCAGGCCAAGUACUGCCCAGUCGAGAUCCCAGGAAUGCUUAAACAGGCGACCACAAAGGAUUUUGGCCCUUGCACCUGUUUGUCCAUGUUCCUCUCGGUCAAGGCACAGCCACUGCACGCUGAUAAAGUUGCGGCGGCCGAUGUGGACACCGACUCCGACUCUGACGAUUCUCUCCUUGAUGACAUCUCUCAUAAGUUUACAAAAGUGACGACCAAAGGGAAGACAAAGAUAAAGAAGAGGGUCCCAAAAACUUCCAAGCAUCUGUCUCUUGAGAACGAUGGCCCUGUUCUGACACCAGCGCAACAGCGCCGGGCCCGAGAGUCGGAAAGGAAGCGAAAAAUGGACCUGGAGAAUAAUGUCCCAAGCCCGCUGUUCAUCAUGGUUCUACCUGGCGAAAUGGAAGGGACUUAUCUCUUCAUCAGCCGGUUGAAGUACGCAGCCUUGGCAACAAACGUUUUGAAAGGACUGGUUCCGUUCUUCACUCAUCAUUUGGGGAAAUCAACGACUACUCGAUCCAACAGAGUUCUAGGCAAAUGGUUCCCUAAGUCUCUCAUCCAUACGACACGCCGCAAGGAACUUGUGUGGUGCUUGGAGACUCUACGGGCACGACCAGCCGACCAAACUCAGCAGGGCAUUGACGAAGAUAUCGAUUUUCUGGAUGGGUUUGGCUCUGAUCCUCUUGAUGUUGGUGAAGCAAAGUUGGAAUUUGAUAUGGAUAUGGCGGACGCUAAAGAUAUUGACGAUGGAGCUACGGUUGCUGAUGCCAUGGAUGAGUUGUUGGAAAAGGAUAGUCAACUGGAGGCUGCUAUCAUGGAGAUUGAAUUCAAGGACAAUCUCUUGUCCAAACAGAAUUCUGCUUUGGAGGCUGAACGAUUACGAUCUGAACAGUUGGCGCGCGAACUUGCCGCAAUGCGCUUACUCCAACAUCCAUCAGCAAGCCGCACAGAUCAGCCAACUCAGCUUGACAACAGUGGGCCUUCCACCAAGUCGCCUACGGAGGAGGAUAUUCCUCUCACAGAAAAGCCACACUCCUCGUCCACUCCGGCAGGCCCCCUCACCUCCCCACUGCCGGGAUCUCCUUCUCCACCUGGGCCUAAGACAAUGUUACCACCUCAGAAUGCCGCCACUCGCCCCAAAUCCUUUGUCAAGUCGGUGACUCCGGACCAAGCCCCGAGGACGGCACCUACAGCAUGUCCUCCCAAGCGGGACGGUGGUACCAAUGCAGAGUCUAUCACUCCGUCCUUGACUGACACUCAAGGAUCGGGGAGCCAAUCCGAUGCAUCUACCCCAUCGGUCUUUCCCAUCUUCCUCCACCCUCAACAGUCUCCUCCCUCCGUCCCGGUUAAGGGCAAGAAGGGUAAGAAGAAAUCAUUGGCCGGCCGUGGAGCUUCCCGCUCCACGGCAGGGCAAUGA